UCAAUAAAGAAGUAUGUUGUCUUUAUUUUUGUUUUUGUCAUCCGGGGACUUUGCUGUCCGUCUUUUCGAUAGAACAAACGACAGGGGCGCAACAAUGGCCUCUGACUGGCUUCUAGUUUUCACAGGGACAUGAAGGAGCCAUGGACACUGCGAUUAAUCAACUUCCUCAAUGGUUGGUUCAGAGGAUCCUCCAUCAGUGGGAGAUCCACCUGCUCCAGGGAAUCCACCUGACAUCCCACUGGCCUCCAGCACUCUGGUACAGCUUGGUGAUGUUUCACUUGCGGUGUGGCAGCGUGUGACUGUGUUGAAAGGCCAAAAACUCAUCUUAAGCUGUCCCAUUACCAAUGCUGACAAGACACUUGUGGACUGGAAGAACCCUGAAGGAUAUAUCAUGUUUUUCAAUCGCAAUCAAGCCCUAAAGGACAAACGCUACAGCAUCAACAAACUGUCUGAGUCAGAAUUCUCCAUCAGUGUUUCCAGUGUCACCUUUAAGGAUGGAGGCAAUUACACAUGCUCUCAGUAUGGCCACCACACAACUGAGAAGAAAGUGGAGGUGACGGUGUUAGGUCUUCCCAAAAUGUUAAAAACAAAGCAUGAAGGAAAGAUUGUGAUCAAAUGCACUGCUGAGGCUACUCACUUUGCUCCUCAGAUUUCUUGGAAAAUCGAUGAGGGGCCUGAAGUUCUUGCUCACGCCCAAAGACAACAGGAAAAUAAAAAACACACCUCCAUUGCAAUGACAGAAAUCAUCCCGGUGGACAAAAGAGUUACUGUGAAGUGUCUUGUUCGCCACCCUGCACUGGAUUUAAAACCUCUGAUGAAUUUUGUAACAAUUGGACGAGACUCAAGAAGAUCCCACCCCACAACAAGUUCACACACUGUUCAAGGGUCAACACAUUUGCCGAGGACAACAACUAGCUCGACCGGGCAUGGUAGAACAGCAGUGCACUCCACAACAAGAAAUGGGAACAAGCCCUCAUCAGAGAGCUCAACUGUUGACUCAAGUCUGCAGUUUUCCACCAAUGACCCAAAGAUGGCUACAGCAACAACUAGAUCUCCUCUAAACCCUGUUACAGCUACAGGCCCACAUCUCAGCACUAGUGGCUGGACAUACACUUCUGAGACCACAGAGAACAUCACCAUUGAUAACAACACGGACAGUAACACAACAGGAAAUUCUGGCUUAAAUAUGCACAUGAGAACUCAAGGAAAUUCAUCACUGCUGGUCUUCCUAGUGACAUGUCUGAUCUGUGGCCUUCUAGUAGUCGUCAUUUUUUUUGCCAUUAAGCUGAGGAGAGCACACAUUGCCUGGAAAAGAGAGAAUGAAGACUCUAAUCAAUCAGAGGAGAGCAGCAAAUCUAAAUCAAGCCAUGAAGAAAAGACUGUCCAAGGACAAAGGAGAAGAGGUCUCUUCAAUACAGCCUUCACACAGUAUGUUGUUGAAGAACCAACAAAGACAAUGACUUCAGUGCAAAACACAGCUGCUAUCACAGCAACAGCCAUGAGACCUCAAACUGCGCCACAAACUUCAGCCAAAUGUGACAUGAAGGAGACGUCCCUCUAACAACAGUCCUGAAAACACAGUCACUCACUUAUUAUUAGGAAAAAAUAUGUGCUUACUUAUGCUGGGAAGCACCUACCAUUGCUCUUCAACAGCCUGAGUUCUUGGUGCCAUGGAUCCUGUAAGAUGUUGGAAACAUCAUCUUGAUAUGAUUGAUCACAUCACUUGUCUGCUGUACGUUCAACCUUGCUUUCACUUUGUUACAUCCCUUUGGCUACUGAAGUCCAGUGAAGUCACUGUUAUGUUCAUGAAAGCUGUUUGACCUUUCUGUGUGAAAUGAUGUAAUAUCCUGGUGGUCCUUAGAAGGUGGUGUACUAUGGCCUUAAACAUAUGCACAUGGUCAUCCGACCAUUACACAGCCUGGACUGAUGAGCUCCAUUUGGACCUACAGUUGAUUACAAUUAUCUGCAUCCUGAAAUUUAUCAGACCACAUUAUUUUUUUCCUGUUAUUAACUUCAAACCCAGGAGGCUAGUUUCAUAAAUAUUCAGAUCAGCCCUUCUUACACCACCAGUCAUGCUAUGCUCAGAGUGCUUGAAAUGACCUUUGUCCUUAUACAAGUGUUUGAUAUGAAGAUAUGUGAAACUCCAGACCUGUAUCUACAAGAGUAUAAGCACUGCACUGCUGCCACUAUUGGUGGAUUACUAAUAACUUCAAGAACAAGCAUGUGUACAGGUGUUCCUAAAGUGUUUGAAUGUAUCUUUACACAGAAUAGAAUGUGGCAACACAAGCCUAUAACUGUAGUAGUACUCUUUAAAUACUACAUGUAAGUAGCCUUUUAUGUAUAUAUAUUUUGUAUGUACAUGUUGAGCAUGUAGCAAUAAAUUAUAUUUUGCUGGAA